AUGAAACAAGUGAAUACUGAGAUCGUGCUUGAAGGUCGUGAAAGGUCCAAGGUGGUUCAGGCGGAGACUGAAUCAGUCACUACCUCCAUAUCCAUCGCGACAUCCAGACACCAUUUAACCUCCUUCAACCGACUCAUAGCGCGUAAAAACGCGAUGGAAGACGACUUUGUACCCGACUCUGAAGGCGAACAGUCGUUGCUCUUAUCCCGCACUUCGUCACCACUUUCAACAUCCCACGACGCGUCAUUUGGCGAAGAACUUGAGAAUGAGACUGGUAAUAUCCUUUUUAGUCAUGUCAUUUCUGUACCUUAUCUCGUCCUUGUAGAUGAACCCGUCAAUAAGUCUUAUACACUAUCCAGCAUAUCUCAAUUUACUUCGACCGUGGAAGGAAGUCUCAAGCCUACCUUCGAGUCUCCUAUCAAUCAAUUCUCAACCAAUACUACCAACUCGACUGCCAAAAAGACGCGUAAAGGAAAUAAAGACUCACAAAAUUGGGCUGAACCAAUCACAAUUGACCUUAGUGACAAUGAAUCCGUUCCACCAAGAAAGUUUUAUAAACCAAGCGGACGUGCUUUCUCCAUUGAGAUUCCUAAACACCCCGCGAUAGUAGGCUGGAAAGAGCAUAACGAGACCGACUCUCGAAAGGAUACGAAACCUAAACAGAAACGGUCAAAGCAGCCUAACUCUGAUGAAUCAGACUUUGAAAUUCAGGAGAUAAGCGAAACAGAAGCCAAGUCAUAUCGUAAAGGCAAGACUCGUCGAGGAGCGCUGGAUGAGACUCCGAUAAAUAUUUCCUCACCAGUAGAGCCCGUUCCUGAAGAGCCAAAGACAAAAGGCAGAAAGAAGAAGGUAAAGAAGGGGAAGGAGAAUAGCCCUGAACCUUUUCAAGAACCUCUGGAUGAUGCUGACGAGGUACCCCCACCGAAGAAAUCUAGAAAACGCAAAUCUCCCGAGCCCGACAUUGCCGAAUCUGUGAAGCGUAAAAAGCGACGGACUUCAGGCCCUUCUGUUGACGAGGACUUUACUGCAGUCACCAAUGACAUUGAUGAAGAGGAAAGCAUUGCCCCUGCUAUGGCCAACGAGGAAGCAACAGAGAAGCGGUCGACUAAAAAGUCCAAAGGCUCGAAGGACCGUCCCAAGAAGCAAAAGCGGAUUAUCCUCGACUCAGAAGCUGAUAACGACUCUGCACCGGACGAGCUAUUGUUAGCGUCAGAACCUGAAGAGGUCAUAGAAGAGCCCAAGGCAACGAAAAAGAAAAAGGGGCGAAAGAAGUCUCCUUCUCCGGUUAGGGAACAAACACCUCCUGUCGAGGAGGAGGCACCCGCAUCUCCUCCAAAGGAGCCAAAGGAAUCAACACCGCCUGCCGAGGAGGAGGAAGAGGAGCAACUCAUAUCUCCUCCGGUGCUUGUUGAGCAGGAAAGCCGUCCACCGCAACCGAAAGUCGACUCGAAACCGGAACCUCCCAGUAGACCUCCUCCCCGGUUUUCACUGGAUUCAACAGCCCCCCAACAUCACAUACCAAAGCGUGGAUCCAUCUCACACCUUUUACAAAGAACUGGAUUACACGCACCUUUAGCCUCUAGCAAGCUUACACGACCAACUGCCUCGCGCAUCGCCCCUCUCCACCUCAUGCGCAAAACCCCACCUCCAUCUCCACCGCGCAUUCCCAAGCCGAAACCCAAGAAGAAAAAGGACGAAGAGAGUGAGGAAGAGGACUUUACUGGUAUGACUGAGAAGCAGAUUGCCAAGUACCUGGAAGAAAAGAAGAAAAAGGCUUGGUAUAGUCCAUGA